AACAUCACCAACGAGGUCCGUCGCAUCGAGCCGGAGAAAAGGAGGAAGGUGCAGGAGUGUGAGGUCUUCAUCGACUCCGUGCCCAACACCGGCAGCGCCACCCUGGUGAGGACCAAGGUGGAGAACACCAACAAGAAGUACGAGCGCGUGGUCCAGCUCCUCAGCGCCGCCCAGGAGAAAGUUGAAGUGGCCACCCACCUGGAGAGGAGCCUCCAGCAAGGCCGAGAUCUGCUCUCCACCUAUGAGAACAAGUUGGUCACAGAUGACACGGUACCAGAGGACCUGCGGGUGGUGGACCGUAAGAAAGAGGAGCUGCUGGCCAUGGGCACAGAGCUCCAAUCCAAGAAGUUCCUCCUCAAUGAAGCCGAGCAGAAUUUGCUCAGGACAAAGUCAUGUUCCAACACCCUGGCCAGCAAGUUCCAGGAGCACUGCCCGGACAUCGAGCGGCAGGAGGCCGAGCUCUACAAACUCAACCAGCGCUUCAACAACCUCAGCAAGCAAAUUGACCACAGAACACAGACCCUGCAGAAAGCCAGAAGUGCCUACGCCAACUACCGUGCCCACUACGACCAAGUCAACCAGUUCCUCUGCAACAUCCCCAACUACGAGCCCCAGGAGACAGACAACAUCCAGCAAGUGGAAAUGAAGCUGAAGAACCAAGCUGCGCUGCUCAGCGACAUUGCCAGCAAGGAGCAGGAGGUGCAGAAGGUCUCUGCCACAGCUCAGCAGUACCAGCAGGCAGUGAAGGACUACGAGCUGGAAGCGGAGAAGCUCCGCUCCAUCCUGGACCUGGAGAACGGCCGGAACGGCUACACGAGCAAGAAGCCCAGGCUCCAGUCUCCAGCAGCAAAAGUGAAAGAGGAGGAAGCUGUCCUGGCAGCCAAGUUCACCGAGGUGAACGCCGUGAACAGGCAGAGGCUGCAGAACCUGGAGUUUGCUCAGAGCCUCCUGAGGCAGCAACCAGAGGUUCAAGUGACGCAAGACUUCCUGCAGACCAAGAAAUCCGUCAGGCCCGUGGAAGAAGUCUGGAAGUUGAAAAAAGAGCUCGAGGAUGAGACUCAGCGUCGGCAACAGCUAGAAGCAGAGAUCAAAGCCAUCCAGAACAACAUCGUCCACCUGCAAAACCAGAAGCCCCAAGAAACCGUUGUUAAGAAAGAGCUGCUGAAGAAAGUGCCCGACCCUCAGCUGGAGGAGAACUUCCACAGGCUGCAGCAAAACCUAGCAGAGGAGCAGCGCAAGAACCAGGUCCUCCAGGAUGAACUGGAGGCUCUUAAAGUCAGGCUGCGUGUUUUGGAGCACGAGAAGAAGGAGGGAGGGCAGGAGUAUAUAGUGAAGGAGGUGCUGCGUAUCGAGCAAGAUAAAGCCCAGGCUGAUGAAAUCUUGAAGCUGAAAGAAGAGCUGGAAGAGCUCAGGAGGCAGGAAGGGACUAGAGAGAACGAAGUCAUCCUCCUGCGCCAACAAAUCGCCGUGCUGUCCAGCGAGAAGAACAAGGAGCAGGAGAAGGUAACGGAGAAGGAGGUGCUGAAGCUGCAGAACGAUCCCCAGCUGGAGCUGGAAUUCCGGAUCUUGCAGGAGAACAAGCAGAGGGAGAGCGCCCUUCGGCAGAAGCACGAGGAAGAGCUCAGCUUCCUCCAGGACAAGCUCAAACGCCUGGAGAAGGAACGGGCCAUCGCCGAGGGCAAGAUUACCGUCAAGGAGGUGCUGAAGGUGGAGAAAGACUUGGCCAUCGAGAGGGAGGUGAACGAGCUGCGGCGCCAGUACGAGGACGAGAAGUCCAAGGGUCGUUCCAACGAGAGGGAGAAGGCCGAGCUGUUGAGGAAGAUCCAGCUGCUGGAAGAAGAGAACGCCAAGGUGGUGGUCCAGGAGAAAGUGCGCGAGAUCGUGCGCCCCGAUCCCAAGGCUGAAAACGAAGUUGCCAACCUGCGUUUGGAGCUGGUGGAGCAGGAGAGGAGAUACCGAGGUGGUGACGAGCAGCUGAGGAGCUGCCAGAACGAACUGGCCGCUCUGAGGAACAGAGGGCCACUGGUAGAAGUCAAAGAAGUCAUUAAGGAGGUCAUUAAGUACAAGAACGAUCCAGAAACGGAAAAGGAGCUCCAGCGGCUCCGGGAGGAAAUCAUAGAGAGGACGGGAGCGAUUGAAAGAGCUGACCUGGAGAUCUACCAGCUGAAACAAGAGAUACAAGCUUUGAAAGAAACCAAACCCCAAGUGCAAAUGAAGGAAGUCGUUCAAGAAAUUUUGCAGUUCCGGGAAGACCCCAAGACCAGAGAAGAGGUGGAAUCUCUGCGAGCGCAGCUCGCAGACGAGCAGAUGAAGCACGUCGACCUGGAGAGGGAGCGGCUACUCCAAGAAGAGAAAGUAAGACAGAAGGAGGAAGAACUUUCCCAGGUGAAGGAGAAAGUGGUCCACCAGGAAGUCGUGAAGUACGAGCAAGAUCCUGCCUUGAAAGCUGAAGUCAGCUCCUUCUCUCAGAGCCUGGAGAGCGAGCUGAAGCAAAUCGACAGCCUCCGCGAAGAACUCCGCAAGCUGCAGAGGAGGAGGUCCGAGCUGGAGCGUCAGCUAGAGGAACUCGAGAAGGAGAGACAGGCCCGCAGAGAGGCUGAGCUGGAGGUGCAGAGGCUGAAGAUCAGGCUGAACGAGCUGGAAGAACAGGAGAGAGAGACGACGGAACGUGUGACCGUGAAACAGAAGGUGAUCCUUCAGCAGGAUCCCCAGCAAGAGAAGGAGCACUCCCUCCUCAAGCUGGAGCUCGAGGAAGAGAAGCACCGCAGACAAGUCUUGCAAACCGAACUAGAAGCCCUGAGAAAGAAGCUCCUCUCUUUGGAGAAGAUGGAGGUCAAAGAGAAAGUGGUCUUUUCAGAGAGCGUCCAAGUGGACAAAGGUGACACGGAGUACGAGAUUCAAAAGCUGAAGAGCAACCUGGAGGAAGAAAGCAGGCGUAAGAGAGAGCUGGAUGCAGACAUCAACCGCCUGGAAACCAGGCUCUCCGAGGUGGAAUUCAACAACUCCAAGUCAUCCAAGGAGCUCGACUUACUAAGGGAGGAAAACCACAAGCUACACCUGGAGAAACAGAACCUGCUGAUGGAAACAAGGAGGCUGCAGUCAGAGAUCGAACUCACGGCCACGGAAGCUCGGGAUUUGAGAAACAUGACCCACGUGGACAGUGGGAUAAACCUGGACUCCAGGUUCCAAGCUUUGGAAAGGGAGUUAGAAGAUCUGAAGCAGUUAUCCAGAGAAAAAGACACGGAGAUCGAGCAACUCCAGAACCGCCUCAAGACAGUGGCUAUCAAGAGGGAGCAAAGAGAGAACCACCUGAGGCGCUCCAUUGUGGUCAUCGACCCCGACACGGGGAAGGAGAUGUCUCCAGAGGAAGCUCACGUCUUCGGCCUCAUCGAAUGGAGCCUGUUUGUCAAACUGAAGAGCCAGGAGUGCGACUGGGAGGAGAUCUCCAUCAAGGGGCCCAACGGGGAGUCAUCCGUGAUCCUCGACAGGAAGUCUGGCAGAGAGUUCUCCAUCGAGGACGCCCUGAAGAGCGGCAGGUUAACCACAGCCCAGUACAACAGUUACCUCAACAAGGAGAUGUCCAUCCAGGAGCUGGCGGUCCUGGUGUCCGGGAGUAACUACACAGCACUCCCUCCACUUUAG